UGAUUGGCCGCUCGCCCGUUUGAGUGAAGAGAGCAACGGCGGCGACAGACACCAGAGCGAAGCGGGCCGCAGAUGAUCUAAACUUUCAUUUUUAGGGUAAAAUCACCAUCACCUUUGUGAGGCGAGCGAGUUAAUCGUGUCAGGAUGUCGGCCCAGGCUCAGAUGAGAGCUUUGCUGGAUCAGCUGAUGGGAACGUCGAGGGAUGGAGAUGAGACGAGACAGCGGGUUAAAUUCACAGACGAGCGCGUCUGCAAAUCGCACCUGCUCAACUGCUGCCCGCAUGACAUCCUCUCUGGAACGCGCAUGGACCUUGGCGAAUGCUCUAAGAUCCAUGACCUGGCGCUGAGAGCAGACUAUGAGAUCGCGUCUAAAGAGAGAGACCUGUUCUUCGAACUGGAUGCGGUGGAUCACCUGGAGUCGUUUAUUGCCGACUGUGACCGCAGGACUGAGUUGGCCAAGAAGCGUCUGGAUAAUAAUCAAGAAAACAUCACCGAUGAGGCCGCAAAAAAGGCAGAAAAGGUUCACGAGUUAAACGAGGAGAUCGGAAAGCUGCUGGCGAAGGCUGAACAGCUCGGCGCGGAGGGGAAUGUGGAUGAAGCCCAGACAGUUCUUCAGGAGGUUGAGCGAGUCCGAACUAGGAAGAAGGAUGCGGAGGAAGAGUACAGGAACUCUAUGCCCGCCUCCAGUUUCCAGCAGCAGAAGUUGCGCGUCUGUGAGGUUUGCUCCGCCUACCUGGGUCUCCAUGACAACGACCGGCGUCUCGCUGACCACUUUGGUGGCAAACUGCACCUGGGCUUCAUCCAGAUCAGAGAGAAGCUGGAACAGCUGAAGAAAACCGUGCAGGACAAACAGGAGAAGAGAAACCAGGAGCGACUGAAGCGGAGGGAAGAGCGGGAGAGAGAGGAGAGAAUGAAGAAGCAGACCAAGUCGCGUAGCCAAGAACGCAAGAGGUCGCGAUCUCGUGACCGCGAUCGAGAUCGCAGAUGCCGGCGUUCCCGCUCCGCAUCGCGAGAGAAGCGCCGCUCCCGCUCUCGCUCCAAAGAGCGCGACAGACGCCGACGACACCGAUCCCGAUCUCGCUCGCGGCACAGCCGAGAACACUCACACAAGUCUUCACGGGACCGUGAUCGCGAGAGGGACAGCAAGCGCAGUUCAUCCGAGCGGAGAUCAGACGGGCUGAACGGGAGGACGGAGUCUCGCCGUCACGAUGACAGAGAGGCUGGAGAGAUCUGAAUCCUCUCACUCUGCCAUAACAAACACACACAGCUAUCACACAUAUACCCACUUUUUUAUUUAUCAUGUUUGCUUGGUCCGUAGUAAACUGCCCAUGCCCUGUUUCAUUACAGUCUUUGUAGUCUUUAAUAUCUGAGUCCAGUGAGACUUAAACCUGUCCGAUUCACUGGCAAAUGUUGAAAUGACAAUAUUGUGUGUGUGUGUGUGUGUGUGUGUGUGUGGAGUUAAGGGUAUUUUUUUUAUGUUUGUUUUUCUCUCAAAUGUAUGCCACUUUUAUUUUUUGCCCCCUCCAUAUUGUCUGUUAUUUUUUGGGAUCUGGAUUUGUCCUGUGCGGACGUGUGCAUGUUCUGCUGAAAGCUGUUCUGAGGUCAGUCUAAAUGCCUUUUCUUUAAAUAUAGCUGCAGUAUUCCCCUUAGAGACAGAGUGACUCUCUUGUAGGAGUUUAAUAAAUCUAAACGAGUGAAUCCGUCAUGGCAUAUUUGAUUUACUCUGUACAUGAUCUUUUAUAAGGCUGUUUUGAUUUCAUGUUGCCCUUAUUAAAGUGAAUUAAAUGGUUUUAUGACUUUAAA